UUUUAUACAUUGGUGAUGACCAAGUGAUAUUUCUAAGAAGUGAGUGCUGAAACGGUGUGGACACAAAACUACUCUUGUCACAGUGCUUUAUACAAUACAGGCAAACACAUUGGAAGUCAUGUGACUCGCGCACCUGCUUCAAGCCCAGUCAUCUUCACAUUCUCCCGAAGCCAAUAGCAUCCUCCCCAACCGUCAUUGAUGUGCAUCAGACAAACAGGUCUUGCAAGCUGUGUGGGUAUUUCUGCUUUGGUCUGUCACACUAGCGCUUCACUUCCACAGAUCACGCAGAGUAAAGGAGUGUGGAGACAGUUAUCCACCCGUUCGUUCUUUCUGACUUGACUUCGAGAUAAGAGCAGACCGACAAUGGGACCGCUGGUGCUUCUGGUAUUCGCAGGGAAUUUGGGACUGUCCAUGGUCAUGGCCAAUAGCACAGCCAACAUGACCUGCACACCCAUGAAUGGAACUCAGCCAUCAUCCAACAUGACCUGUUCGCCGCCGGGCAACAACACCCACUCCAACAACAUGACCAUGCCGCCGGGCAACAACACUCACUCCAACAUGACCAUGCCGCCGGGCAACAACACUCACUCCAACAACAUGACCAUGCCGCCGGGCAACAACACCCAACCACCCAACAACGUGACCAAGCCUCCCGCACCUCAGCCAGCCGACGACCAGCCAGUCGUGAAACUAGAAUUCAAGGUGCAGCAAGACUUUAAACCGGAGUUUGCCAACAAGAGCUCACCGGAAUUCAAAGCAUUUGCCAACAAUAUAACCUCAGCAGUUGACAAAGUUUAUGCUGACACACCUGGAUUUAAUCGUUCAGUGGUCACUGCACUCAGACGAGGAUCUGUUGUGGUGGACCUCGAGUUGAUCUUCAACAAUGCCAGCUCCGCCCCAAACGCCAGUAAUCUCAGGAACACUUUGGUCGCUGCCGUUAGCGGCGGUAACUUUUCCCUCCCUGUCAACGUGUCCUCCAUCACGGCAACUGUGGUGACCCCUCUCACACGCACCACUGUGGCCCCUACGACUGCAAGAGCGGCAACGGCCAAUAAGCCUGACCCCGGCGCCACUCGCCAACUAGAGUUCAGUAUGAAUAGAACCUUUGUGGCGGAUCUCCUGAACCAGUCCUCGACACCGUUUAAGGAGUUGGAGGCCGAGGUGGUCGGCGUGGUCACCAGGUCCUUGAAGGUUUUUUCAGGUUUCCAAAGCGCUGUCGUCAACUCCUUCAGGAGUGGAUCGGUGGUCGCAGCCAUGACCCUGACAUUCACCAACUCAAGCGUAGUUCCCGCAGACACCAAUCUGACUUCACAACUCACCAGCGGACUGAGCAACUCCAGCCUGAGCGUCAUAGCCGGCUCCAUCUCAGUGUCGUCCACUUCCAGUGCUGCAACAACAGCGGCGGCUAACGCGACUGCGGCGGCUAACGCGACUGCGGCAGCCACCUCAGCGCCGUCGACGGCUGCGGCGUCGUCCACCGAGGGAAUCGCGUUCCUCACGUUCAGUCUCAAUCAAACCUUUGAGUCGGCGCUCUCCAACACAUCCACGUCCGCAUAUCAGAGUUUGGCAAAAACUAUGGUCACCACUGUUAACGGAAUUUGCAUCCCGGUGUACUCUUCCUACCUUCGGUCGCUGGUGAACAACUUCACGAACGGAUCAGUGAAGACGGCCAUGACCCUGGUGUUUAAGGACAAAGACUCGGUUCCGUCCACAACCAACCUGACUGUGGUACUCAGCGACGGACUGGCCAAGUCCUCCCUGGAUGUCAUCAACGGAAGCAUCACCGUCCAGUCCGCCGCGACCGGCUGCCACCCUCAGUUCUCAGGGUUGUCGCUGCUGGCCUCGGUCGCCAUGAUGGCCGCCGCACAGCUGCUGAUCCGCGUCUAGCGAGUGCGGAGGUCGAGCGGAGCGUACAUGAUGACAUUUACCACGCGUGAAGAGAUGUGUACUUUGUUGUUAAACCUCAUCUUCCACUCUCACUUGAAUACAAGGUUUGUAUUCAGCUCUCUUAAAGGACCUGUGCCUUCUUUGAUCAAACACACUACAAGUGAGUCUGCAGUUGAGGAGGGGAAGAUUCUCAUAAAUCAUCUGUCUUGUUGUCUGUUGUCACCCACCAAGAUGACAACAUAUGAAUUAACGGAAUUGGUUUCCUUUUUCACUGGUUUGUGAUGAAUGCAAUUGAACAAUGUAUCGUUUUUGUUAUUGUUUUUUUUUUGUCUUUGUCAUGUUCCUGAAAUAAAGAAUGAAGUGUA